AGAGGGACGCGGAGGAGAGCGAGCGAGACAUAGAUCCAAUUGCUGCUGGCGAGCGCAGGCAGUGCAGUGCAGCAAACAAGUGCAGGAGUCGAGAAACGCAGUUGGCCGCGAGCUUUGCCUCUCGUCGCGUCGUGCGCGUGCUUCAUUAUCGUUCCGAUCUUUGCGUCGCCAACUCGCGAUCUUCCAAUUUGUACCCGAUACACAAACGAGUGCCUUAAAUCGUCGAGCGAGUAAAUAAUUUAGCGAGUGCGCCACGCGUCGAGGAGCUGCGACGAGAGCUUGCGGAACGACUGCCCCGAACUGCACCGCUCUACUCGGGACCGAGCUUUCGAGCGAAGGGGUGCUUGCGCGCGAAACAGUGGCCCACUGUCGGCGUGAAAGAGAGUGUGAGUGCAGCGACUCCAGCUUGGUACGAGAACUGCCUGAGGGUGCCUGCACCUCGCUGCAUAUACAUACACGCAUAGACUUGCACCGACACGCAUCUACAUCGAGCUCUGCAUCGGCCGCAGCAGCAGGAAGGAAAAGGACGUUCAACGUUCGCAAGUUCUACGAGCGAGUGCGAGUGUGCGUGCAGGCUGAAAGCUCGCGCGUCCAGGAGUGCAUCCGAGAAGGAGGAGGAGGAGGAGGAGGUGGGAGGUGAACGAGCGCGCGCGCAACGCGCUGCAGCCAUCCAGCCAGCCAAGCGAACAACGAGAACAACAUACACGAGAAGCAGUGGCAUCCAGUUGUUGCAGCGCCAAUAGCUAGAGCAGUGCUGCUGCCGUACAACGGGGCUAUUGUGUGUGCUACUGCUCUGGCCUGCCCGAUCCUAGUCGUCUUUCCUUUAAGCACUCCAGCCGAGCUUUUCACAGGUGCACCAGCAGUAAUGCUUCAUUAUGGACCGUAAGUGCACGAGUCCGAGAGCACAGAACUGAGACGACAACUAGAGUGUCUAUACGUAGCGACGAUCGAAGGAGCAAAGACGCGAGAGCAAACGUCGACGACAAGGAGCAGCACAUAGCAGCGGAGCAGCAGCUGUCGAGUAAAUUACUCGAGAGGCACGAGGUACAUAGAAAAUAUAAUUUAGCAAAAUGACGGAAACGAGCGGGAGAGAGACAGACGUGCACGACCCGGAGGCGGGCGCCGACGCGACACGAGCAGGCUCGUCCAGCGUCAUCACGAGCAAAAGCAACAAAAAGGAUUUACCCGAGCGAGGCACAUGGAGCUCCAAGCUCGACUUUAUUCUCAGCGUGGUGGGUCUGGCGAUCGGUCUCGGCAACGUCUGGCGGUUUCCUUACCUGUGCUACAAAAACGGAGGCGGCGCCUUCCUCAUCCCGUACUUCCUCACGCUGAUUCUCGCCGGCAUUCCGAUGUUCUUCAUGGAGCUGGCGCUGGGCCAGAUGAUGACGAUCGGUGGCCUUGGCAUCUUCAAGAUUGCUCCGCUCUUCAAGGGCAUCGGCUACGCGGCCGCCGUCAUGUCCUGCUGGAUGAACGUCUACUACAUCGUCAUCCUGGCCUGGGCCAUAUUCUACUUCUUCAUGUCGAUGCGCAGCGAGCUACCCUGGGGCAGCUGCAAUAAUUACUGGAACACGAAGAACUGUGUCAACCCGUUCGACAGAAAGAAUCUGCUGUGCUUCCAGCAAAUAACCAAGAACCACUCCCUUGUCAAGGUUUGCACUUUCAAUCACAUCAACGUAUCGGCUUCCGAUCUCACGGAUCCCGUCAAAGAGUUCUGGGAACGACGAGCCCUGCAAAUCAGCCCGGGAAUCGAGCACAUCGGCAACAUCAGGUGGGAGCUGGCCGGCACUCUGCUGCUCGUCUGGAUCAUGUGCUACUUCUGCAUCUGGAAGGGUGUCAAGUGGACCGGCAAAGUCGUCUACUUCACGUCGCUCUUCCCCUACGUGCUGCUGACUGUCCUGCUGAUCCGCGGCAUCACGCUGCCCGGCGCCUUCGAGGGCAUCCGCUUCUACGUGAGCCCGAAUCUCUCGAAGCUGCGCGAGUCCGAGGUCUGGAUCGACGCCGUCACGCAGAUCUUCUUCUCGUACGGCCUGGGCCUGGGCACCCUGGUGGCCCUCGGAAGCUACAACAAGUUCACCAACAACGUCUACAAGGACGCCCUCAUCGUCUGCACGGUCAACUCGUCGACGUCCAUGUUCGCCGGCUUUGUCAUAUUCUCCGUGGUCGGCUACAUGGCCCACGAGCAGCAGAAACCCGUGGCCGAGGUCGCUGCGUCCGGUCCAGGUCUGGCCUUUUUGGCCUAUCCCUCGGCCGUGCUGCAACUGCCCGGGGCGCCGCUCUGGUCCUGUCUCUUCUUCUUCAUGCUGUUGCUCAUUGGUCUCGACUCGCAGUUCUGCACCAUGGAAGGCUUCAUCACGGCAAUGGUCGACGAGUGGCCGAAACUUCUGCGACGCCGAAAGGAAAUCUUCAUCGCCAUCGUGUGCUUCCUAUCUUACAUCGUCGGUCUUUCCUGCAUCUCCGAGGGCGGAAUGUACAUCUUCCAAAUCCUUGACUCGUACGCCGUCUCGGGCUUCUGUCUGCUCUUCCUCAUCUUCUUCGAGUGCGUAGCCAUCAGCUGGUUCUUCGGCGUCAAUCGCUUCUACGACGGUAUCAAGGAGAUGAUCGGCUACUAUCCCAUGAUCUGGUGGAAGUUUUGCUGGGUUUUCGCUACGCCGGUCAUCUGCAUUGGAGUCUUCUUCUUUAAUCUGGUGCAAUGGACACCUAUCAAGUACCUGGACUACGAGUACCCCUGGUGGUCGCACGUUCUCGGCUGGCUGACGGCUCUGUCAUCGAUGCUCUGCAUACCCGGUUACAUGAUUUACGCCUGGGUCACAACUCCUGGCGACAGACAGACUAAAAUCAAACAAUUAAUCCGGAUAGAGGACGAUGUAUCCACGCUGCGCGCAAAAAUGGGUCACUCGGCCGUCGAGCUAACGCCUCUGUAGUCCGUCUCCCGUUAAAGAAAUACAAUACGUAGAGAGAAAAACGAUUGAGAAAAUUAUACAAAAAUAUUCACACACUCACACAACAACAGCAACAACAACAACAAUAACAACAAAAGAGAAGGAAAUCGGAGCUGCUGCUAAUUUUUUCGUUUUUACUUUUCGAGGAAAAUCGCCAACUAUACGCGCAGUCAAUAUACUGUUAAAACCCGUUACAUAGAACUCUAAUGCAAAAGUAUGUCGAAGACACGUUGCGCUCGCUAGAAAAAUCGCAUGAGAAAUUGAAUCUUUCGAUUAACUGCGUCAUAUCAAGAAAACUCAUUAAUACGAGGAACAUCGAAUUGUCGCUCAUGUACCCUCUCGGGUGAGAAGAAACAUAUAUUAUAUACGCAUUCGAUCGAUUUAUGGUAUUGAAUUAGUUUUCCGACUGUAGAAAUGAAACGAUUUUCCGAUACAAUUCGGACAAAUUGAUUUUACGCGACUUGCAUUAUCAACAUAUCGAGUGAUUAAAAAAAAAAAAGACGCAUAACAAGCACAUCAAUUUCACAAAAUAGCUUCCUUCGAAAAGUGUCUAGACUCUCUUCGGACUAUAGUAACACUAAAAAAUUUUAUAUAUUUCUAAAGAGACAAUAUUUACAAUGAGAGAAAUUUUUGAAUGAUUUUUCAAUGAUCCUUGGAUGAAACGCAACACAUAUUAUAGACGAUUACAAAAAAUUGAUAUUGUAGAAUACGAGAAUUUUUUUGAGUUCAUCAAAAACGUCUUAAUUUUAUGUUUGUUCGACUAUACAUAUCUCGAGUUGUGUUUCGCGACUGGCAGAGUAAUUUAAUUAAGAGUAGCAGACUUAUGUCUUGCCUAUACAAAUGAUUAUUGUUAAAAACUAUAAGUACACUAAAUCCAAUCGAACAAAAAAAUUAUAUAAUCAA